AUGCACUUCCAGACCAUGAUAUCUUCAAUAAAAUACGGGAAAAUUUCUACUCGGUCGCAUGUCGCCCUCAUUGGUCAGAGGGGCGCUACUGUACUUGAGCUCCCUCAGCGAUAGUGUAAGACGAAGUCGGAAUUUGAAGGAGGACGUGUUGAGAUCCACUGCAACUCCAUCGCCGUGGCGGAGAGUCUGUUCACCGGCUCUGUCUUGCUGAGGCUCCAGCAGGCUGUCUGGUACCCAGGGGAACCAGAGGAGCUCCAUCUGGUGCUGCUUACCUCCGACAACACAAUCAGAUGUUACAGUCUUAAACAGCCCGAGAGCCCAGCUAAGGUUCUCUGUGUGUCUCAGACAGAAGAUGACAGCUGGACACAUACACGAGGGCGUUCUUAUGCAGCCUCGCUUGGCGAGAUUGCAGUGGCGUUUGACUUGGGGCCACUGGCAGACAGUACUGAACUUCUGUCCAGCCAGCUUUUUACAAGGGAGGUGCUCGUCUAUCCUCUGUACAUUCUCUAUGAGAAUGGGGAGACCUAUCUGAGCUACAUCUCUUUGACCUACAGUGGAGGAGAAGAGGAUAUAGACAGCCUUCAGGAGCUGGCGGCGGAGCAGCCAGGCAGGGCAGAGCACAUCCUGUGCAGUGUGCACCGUGCCCCUCCCCAGCAGCCCGCCUGCGGCGAUCAAGGGGUUCUGGAUCCUGCCGUAGCUCUCCCUGGAGGCCUGCAUGAUCUGCAUCACCAGCACUUACCAGUGUCUGCUGCUUCCCCUGCUUUACACAGAGAUGGUAAGUUCUGUUGUGAUGCAUGGCUACCAUGCCCAUGGUUCUGUGCUCGAAUGAAGCUUCUGAGCGCCCAGAAGACCAAACAGCUGGAGGACCUGGCACUGUGUAGGGGAGAGAGAUGCGAAGUCCUCAUUAACAGAGUGAAGCGCAUCAUGGGUAGCCAGCGUAGCCAGCUCCCAGUGCUGUCCAACAGCGAGAAGGACAUGAUAAAGGAGCUGCAGAACGUCAACAACCAGUUACAUCACCUGAGCAAUGGCGCCAAAGAGGUCAAAAUAAAAAUGGAAUGCCAGAAGAAACAAAUGGAUAUGGGAGUUUCUCAAUCCACAUCAAGUGUAAUAUUGAAUGCUCAGCAAAGGCAGCACGUCCAAGGGAUUCUCAAGGAACAGGGAGGGCAAAUCUCGGAUAUGAUGACGCAGACAAAGGAUCUCAAGAACCAUUUCAGUUUCUGAAUGGCUGGAAGUGGCUUUCCAGUCACCACCCAUCGCUUAGACGUUGUCAGGACGCUGCUCUUGUGAUGGCAGUUCACUGAAGUCGCCACAGUGGGACAUGCACGUCACAUCCUAUUUGUCGACUCUAACCACUUGCAGCUAUUGCUUUUUUUGAUUGGACAUUCACUUUUGCAGAGAGAUGGUGCUGUUUUCUUUUUUUCUCCUCGCCAAAAAAAUGCUAAAUAUUAGAUUACUUGAAAGACAACAAUGGACAUUUUUCAGUGAGGUUUGCAAUCUAUUACUUGGAAGCCUUGCAGAUGUUUUUGUUGGAUUUGGGGGUACUGACUUUAGGUCAGUGAGACAGAUCUGUUUCUAAGCUUUUUAAUAUCUCAUGCCCAAAUAUGCGUCAGAUCCGAUGCCAUGAUGAGGCAAACGUCUUUUGUCUCUGUCGUCGAAUGUUUUCAGUGUGGGAUCUGUUUGCAAUUUUGGCCGUUUAAAACUCAUCCCAUCCCUCAUGCCCAUCCCUGCCUGCUGAAACGAUGAAUGUUGAUGAUGAUGGCUCUGGGAUUAGUUGACAGUGAGGAUGGCGCUGCUCGGCUCGGCUGGGACGUUGUCUCAUCUCAUGUGUCGGCUCCUUGCGGGCUCUCCCUUGAACAUGGCCUAACUGUAUCCCUUAAGCCUAAUUAGCUGGAGACAGGGCUCAGUGUCUUCUCUCAUCUCCCUCUUAAAGGUGCAGUGUGUGCAGUUUGUGAGGUACAGAAUUGUACAGAUUGUUUUUAUAACGGCUCCCUUUCUUCUGUUUUGUGGCCAUCUGCACAGGUGGAUUAGUGGUGCCAUUGUAAGCAAAUCAAGAAAGUGUCAAACACGUACAAGAAGCAUAGAAUGCAUUUAUUGUCUUGAAGGAGUUAUUUAUGUAUUUGUGUGUUUUUGUUUUGUUUUGCAGUUACACUAAGGAUGAGUACUUAAGUACUAUAUAAGUCCAUAUCAUGAAUUGUAUCAUUAUUUUAAUGUAUUGCAUUGUUUGAAGAAACCAACUGAAAACAUAUCAAAAUCAGAACCUGAGUACUUUACAGGGCACAGUAUCUGUGGCAGUUAAUAUUACCUGUUUGUUAUCCAUUGUAAACGCUCUCUAGGUCAAUAAGCAAUUUGUAUAAAAUGUUUUCUAACUAAACAUGUGCACCGUCAUGGGACAUUGUAUGGAGAAAUAUAGUGUCGUGUUGAAUGAAGCUGCUUUUUCAAACAUUCUAAUAGAUGUUUCUGUUCCGCAACAAGGUUCUAAAAUUCCAUGUUGAAUUCAAUGAAUCCAGAUACCGGUAUUCGUUAAAACUUUCAAUUUCCAUCGUACCAGCUUAUGGGUUAA